AUGAAUCAAGAUAGCAAUCCAUAAAAUUAGGAAUCAUAAGAAGAAUGGUUAUAGAAAGCAAAAGAUCAUUUUGAAAAAUCUCAGGUAGUUAAAUAUUUUUUAUCCAGACCUUACAAUAAAAUCAAAAGAUUGAUGAAGCUCUUAAUGAAGUUAAUGAAGCCUUAAAAUUAAAUACUAAUUAUUCAUAAGCCUUUAAUUUAAAAGGUAACAAUAACUAAAUACAUUAUAUUAGGUGAGUUAUUAAUAAAAAAAGGAGAUCUGAAAGAGGCAUAAGAGGAAUUAAAUAAGGCUAUUUAACUAAAUCCUCAACUAAUAGAGGCUUAUUAUAACAGAUGUAUCUUGCCAUGUCAUUUUAGCUCUUAUCCAUAGAAAAAACAAAAUUUACAAUUUGGCUAUCAAUGAUGCUGAAAUGUGUUUUCAAUUAGAUCCAUAAUUUGUUAAAAGUAUUAACUUAAAGGGUAUAAUUAUUUUGAGCCAUUAUAGGUUUAAUUAUGAAAGAACAAGGCAGUUUAUAAGAAGCUCUUGUUGUAUUUUAGAAAACUUUGGAGUUAGACAAAAUGAAUUAUCCUGCCCACUAUUAAAGAGGUAUUAGAGAUAUCAUGUAUAAUUAGGUUUGAUCCUUCGAACAUUAGGAAAGCAUGAAGAAGCUUUAUUAGAACUUAAUUAGGCAAUUGAAACAAGGCCAACUUCUAGUGAAGCUUUUCUUGAAAGAGGAGAAUUGUUUUAAGAUAUGAAAAGGAAAUCAGAUGCUUUGGAAGAUUUUAAUAAAUCAAUUGAAAUUGAUCCAAAAAGAGCUUACUCUUAUUAAUGUAGAGGUAUUUUAUAAUAGUAAUGAAAGGAAUACUUUUAAAAUAAAUGGAGAAAUAUUAAGAGGCACUUUUAGAUUAUAAUUAAGCCAUUUUAUUAAAUCCAAAAGUAGCCAAUUAUUAUGUUAAUAGAGGUAUUAAAUUUUUUUAAAGAAAGGAAUCUUAUUUAAAGAUACGAAUGAAAAAGAAAAGGCUCUUGAAGAAUUUAAUUUAGCUUUAGAGAUUAACCCUAAAUUUGUCAAGGCAUAUAAAAAUAGAGGUAAUUUGAUUUUCUAUUUGUAGCCAUUCUUUAUAAAGAAAUUAAUCAAAAUGAAAAGGCUUUGAAUGAUUACAAUAAAAUCUUAGAAUUAAACCCUAAAGAUGUCAAUGUUUAUAUUUAUAGAGGUAAGAGAUUAAUUUUAAUUAAAGGAAAUUUACUAAAAUAUCUUGGAUAGAAUGAGUAAGCUCUUUAAGAUUAUACAAAAGCUAUUGAAAUUAAUCCUAAUGAAACUGAGAAUUAUUGCAAAAGAGGUAUAUAUUUAUAAAAUAGAAAAGCUAAUAUGUAUAAAGAGUUAGGCUAGAAUGAUUUAGCAAUGAAAGAUUAUGAUAAAAUUUUAGAGAUUGCUCCAAAAAAUUCAGAUGGUUAUUGGAAGAAAGGUAUAAAUAUUCAUUAUGUAAGCUAUCUUUUUAGAAGAAUUGAAGUAAAAUGAACUUGCCAUAACAGUAUUGAAUUAAUAUAUAGAAUUAAAUCCAUUAGAUGAGAAUGCUUAUAUGAAAAGAUGUAGAUAUUUUAUAGUAUAUAAAAUUAGCUGAUCUUUAUAAAUUGAUCGAUAAACUUGAUUAGGCUUUAAAUGAUUAAUCAAAAAUUAUAGAAAUAAAUCCAACCAAUAUAAUUGCUUUAAAGAAUAGAGGUUUCAAGUCUUAUAUAUAUUUCUGUAGCCUUAAUUUUCAAGUAAAUGAAUGAAUUCGAAAAAGCAUUAUAAGAUUUAAAUAGAAUCUUAGAAAUUCAUCCAAAUCAUAUUAAUACCAUUAAUAUCAGAGGUAAAUGUCAUUAUUAAAUUUAGGAAAUUUGUACAAAGAUCUAAAUUAGAAUGAUUUAGCUUUUUAAGAUUUUAAUAAAAUAAUAGAAAUUGAUCCAAGCAUUUACCUUGCCUAUUAUAAUCGUGGUAAAAUGUAAAAAUAUUUUUAAAAGCUAAAAUUUAUUAAAGAUAUUAAAAGAAUGAUUUGGCACUUCAAGAUUUAAAUAAAUCAAUAGAAUUAAACCUAGAAGUCACAUUUACUCUUAAUGAAAGAGGUAUAAUUGUAAUCUAUUAUAGGCAACCAUUUUAUUAAUAUGAACUAAAAGGACUUGGCAUUAAAUGAUUAUAAUAAGGCUCUUGAAAUAAACCCAAAAUGUAUUGACGCCUAUAUUAACAAAGGUAAUUAAUUAUGAUAUUCAUACUUAGGCAAUUUAUUGAAAUCUUUAGAUUAAUACGAAUAAGCUCUUGAGAAUUUCAAUAAAGCUUUAGAAAUUAAUCAAAAUAGUUUUGUUGUUUAUCAUAAUAGAGGUAUAUUAUUGUUAUCCAAUUAUAUUAAGCUUUACUGUGGACUAAAAUGAAUGAAAAAGAAAAAGCACUUGCUGAUUAUGAUAAAGCUAUUCAAUCCAAUCCUAAAAGUGCAACUACAUAUUCUUCAAGAGGAUAAUUGUUAUAAUAAUAAAUGAAUGAUAAAGAUAGAGCUCUAGAAGACUACAAUAAAUCUUUACAAAUCAAUCCAAAAUAAGGUGAUAUUCUAAUAAUUCGAGGUAAGCAAUAUAUUUUAUAUAAUAAGGAAAUUUAUAUAGAGAAAAAAAAUUAAUAUCUUAAGCUAUUUAAGAUUAUUCAGAUGCUAUUCUGAUUAACCCUAAUUAAACUGAUUAUUAUCUAUGUAGAGGUAAUUAUCAUUUUGAUAUUUAGGUAACAUUUUACAAGAUCCAGUGAAGGACUACCAAAAGGCAUUAUAAGAUUAUAAUAAAGCAAUUGAAAUUGAUCCAAAUUAUUUUAAUGGAUUUUAUUAGAGAGGUAUUAUCCAUUCUUAAUGAAGCAUUGUGUUACAGAUGUAUUAACAAAAAUGACUUCGCAAUUGAUGAUUGUAACAAAUGUAUUGAAAUAAAUCCAAAAAACGAACUUCCUUAUAUUCUUAAGGGUAUUAUAGAUAUGCUUAUAUAAGGUUUAAUAUUGAAAGAAAUGAAUAAACCAGAAUUGGCGAUUAUAGAAUACAAUACAGCUUUAUAGAUUAAUCCAAAUAAUUAAAAUACAAUUAUAAAGAGAGGUAUCAAAUAUAUUACAACAAAUUAAGGAGAUGCCUAUAAUUUAAUGAAAAAUCAAUAAUUAGCUUUAAAUGACUUCACAAAGGCUAUAGAAAUAAGUCCAAAUGAAUCAUUCGCUUAUUCUAGUAGAGGUUAUUGAAUUUAUAAAAUUUUAGCCAAUCUAUUGCUGAGUAUGGAUUAAAAGGAAGCAGCUUUAUAGGAUUAUAAUAAAGCAAUAGAAUUGAAUCCUACAAAUGCAACCCUAUAUUAUAAUCGAGGUAGAAUUGAAUAUAUUUAAAGCCAUCUUUUACAUUAACAAUAAAAAGAAGGGAUUGUCACUUCAAGAUUACAAUAAAACUCUCGAAAUAGAUCCUAAUUACAGUUUAGCUUAUAAUAAUAGAGGUAUAUUUAUCAUAUAAGAGUAGGCCUUUUACUUUAGAGUAUUGGUAAGAAAGAUGAAGCUUUAUAAGAUUUUUUAAAUGCAAUUAGAAUAUGUCCUGAUAAUCCAUUAUUUUUGGUAAACACAGGAGAUCGAUAUUAUUCAGAUUAACAAUUUGAAUUAGCUACUCAAUAUUAUAAAUAAGCAUAAUAUUAAAUAGAAAAUUUAACCGAUUAAAGGAAAAAUGAAUUAAGAUUGAAUUAGGGAAAUUUAAAUUUUAUUUAAACAAAAGUUAAAUUAAUUACUAAGAUUGAAAAUGAAAUUCAAAAAAUGAAAAAAUAAAUAGAAGAAUUACCUAAAACAAAUACAAAUACUUAAUAGAUUUAAGAAUAUUUAGAAAAAGUAACAUGUAUUGAAAGGUCUGUAUCAUAUUCUGUUUAACCUAUAAAUCAGGAUUCACAAUCUGAUGCACAAUAAGCGAUGAUUUCAUAUUUUUCAUAGAUGGAAUAAUAAUUGAAAGAACUUUAAAACAAAGUAAAUGCAUAAGAUAAAGUUAUUAAUCAAUUAGUCUAAUAAGAUUCAUUUAAAAUUGAAUAGGAAAUGAAUCAAAUAAAAUAACCUUAAAAUAAACAUCAAUUAACUUAUUUCAGAUCUUUAUUUUGGCAUUUAUAUUAUUAUUUACAUGCUAUGUCUGAGAUAUCUACAAAUUUGUUUUAAGUUAAUACAAAUGCUAUGAUAGAAAGUACAUCUGAAAAAGUAUUAAAUAUUGUCAAAAAAGCAUUUAAUGUUGGAACAAAAGUAUUAGAAAAAGUACAUAUUGCUGAACAUGCAUUCCAUAUUAUUAAUGAAGCAUUGAAUAUUGUAGUAGAUUAUAAAAGAGAGGAAAAGUUUAAAAAAAGAUUAAUGCUCUUAACUAACAUAUUGAAAUUAUUUGCAAUUACUCCUUCAGAAUUAGAAAGAGAAGUCUAAUUUACUGCUAUUGAAUUAGGCAGAACUUAAUAACCUGGAUUGAAAGAGAUACAAAAUUCAAAAUUUAUUGAAUUUAUUAAAAAAUUAUCUGAGGAAGAAAGUAUUUCAGAAGAGAGUAGUAAAGACAUCUAUUGGAAAAAGGGUAUUGAAGAUACUUUGAUUAUAUUAAAAUAUUUAGAGAAGUUUAAUCAGAAAAUUAUAAAAGAGGAUCAAAAUAAAAAAUUAAGAGAAGUAUUUUUGGAUGCUAUUAAAUAAAACAUAUCUGAGAAGAGCAAUAAAAAACAAAAAGAUUAAUCAAAAACUUAAUCAAAAUAAAACAAACCUAAAAAGGAGAAUUAAGAAUAAUGUAAUAUUUAAUGA